AAACGAACCUGCGUCCCAUUCAACAAUUGAAAAUAUAUUCAAGAUUCUUAAAAAUAAGGGUGCGUACACGAUUAGAAAGUGGGCUGAGGCAGAUACCGUGAGAAAUGUAGUAUCGGAAUAUCUAGCGAGAAUAGUUUUAAGAAAAUUAAAAUCAGACCGACAUUUUACACGGUACUUUGUAAACAACUGUUUACCAGCUGCCUGUAGAAAUUUGUCAGACAAUAAACUUGUAAAAGGCGUACAGUCAAUGUUUGCAUCUUUUGCUACAUCUGUCGGCGGACAAGCAUCGCAAAAAGACAUAGAAACUGUUCUUGAUAAGGCUCUACUGAAACGUGUUAACGAUCAGUCAGUAUACAGUGUCAAAGUGGUUUCAGAUGUUCUUCAUGGAAACAUUGAAGAAAGCGAUCUUACAUCUGAGAGAGUGCACGAGUUACUGCAACUUGUUAAACCAUUCAUCUAUGGAGGGACGCCUUUGUAUUCUGCUUUGAAUGAAACGGUUGCACUUUUCAACGGCAAUAUUGACAGGUAUCAAAGUCAAAAUAAUUUAUUAUUUAUCCUCUCAGACGGAAAACCUACGGACACGGAUGAAUUCAAUAUAAAAUCACAUUUUGAAAGAAAGAACGUUACAAUCGUAAGCUGCUUUAUUUUAGCGCUAUCAGGUGUUGAACCUCAGAAAUUAUAUAGCGUUUCUGAAAGUCAUUGGGCUAAUGGGGCACAAACUCUGUUUAAAUUGAGCUCGUUCAUUCCAACGUCGUACAUUUGUAGAGCAAUGUUCAUAAAACACAAGUGGAAGAUUGACAUAACUGACGAUGAAACAAGACUUUUAUGCACGUGAACCAUCCGGACAACGUGAAGAGUAUUUGUAACCUAGCACGCAAUGCGGUUUGUUGUCAAGAUUCUUUAUCAGAAUUGCUUGUGUCCGUCAGCCUAGAUAUAUACAUUAACGACAAAAAUCGCUCAGUGAAAGUGUAUAACCAAGAAGAUGGCGGAACUUGCUAUUCUCAUGCUGCUGCUACCGUCCUUCAUCUGGCUAUGCAUCGGAUUAUCGGACGCGAACACGGAUAUCCUACAUUUGAAUUUCUUCGAGAUGAAAUGAUCCGUCGCCACGGUAAACACGGUGCAGAUACUCUGCAAGUUCUUAAAGAAAUGUGUCCCAUGUAUCGUUUGCGUUGUCGGGAGGUUGACGUUCACGGUGCAAUGAAAGCUGUUACAGAGAAACGUCCAGUAGUCGUCAAAUUCCGGCUUACGGACUUGGAUUGGGAUACGUUUUACGAGUUUUUCCGUUUGACACCUGCAGGAAUUUUGAAAAAACGAGAUCUUGAUAUAAAUCGUACGUCACACAGUAUGUCGGGACAUGCAGUGGUUUUGACAAGUUGUAACAGUAAAUGUCUACAAUUAAUGAAUUCGUGGGGAGAGAGAUGGGCUGAUAACGGUUUCUUUAAUGUACAGAAUGCGGAGGUUCUCGGGAUGGAGUUUAUCGACGUCUACUGGGACGAAAGCGAUCUUUCUCAAAGCGAGAAAACUAGGUACACGCAAUUUGGAACUGAGGUUGCUGAUAAAUUGAUGAAGUCGCUAUCAGCAUUGCAGAUUGCAACAUUCGUUUGCCCGAAAUGUAAGAGAACAUCGAAUGUCGACGACUUCUCAGGAAGACUCACACGAGUCCGCUGCCCACAAUGCAAACGAACAUUUUCUAGCUUCGACGGUAAAGGGAAUCUAUUGGCACUAAACAUUUACUUGACAUCGUUAAGCAGACAGGGAUGCGAUUCAUAUCGAGUUGAAGAAGAUCAUUACAGUUUUCAUCGUACAUUUUCUUCACUAUUAUUAUUAGUGUAUGAAUCUAUAAGAGACUUUUAAAAUCUAACGUUACAAUGUAUUUCUUUAUUAAUACACACUGUUUUGUUGCUGUUUUUAUAAUGCAUGAUCUGUUAAAAUAAAUUGACAAUCUCAUGUACCGAUAUCGUAUUGUAUUGUAAGAUUAAGUCGCUGAAUAUUUUAUGUACCAUCUGUACAUGCAUAAUUUUUAUCUUUAAAUUUCCUAUUAUGAGUGUUUCGUAGGGAUAUGUUUCGGAUGAUAAUAAUGAUACAUGCACUUUUUAUACACAUAGAUAAAAUGUGCUAAUUGUACUAUACAGAGAGAGCGUGGUUUUAACUGUACAUAAAGUAUGAUAGUUAUGUUUUAAUCAUAAAUCUAAAACUAUCAUCAAAGCUUAUAAUUCAUCAUUGUUAUCGAAUACCAAUAUCUUUAUUUUGUAUAUCCAUGCAAAUUGGGAUAUUAAUUCAUCACCACAGAAUAUGUAAUGACUAAACAAACAUGUGUUUAUUUAUGUGAGCAGAUCUUCAAACCUAUGAGGACUUCACCUCUUAAAUGUAACAGACACCUUAAAAGCACAUUAUGCCUUAGAAACAAAUGAUUGUUUAAUCUUUAGAAAGGCUAAAGAUUGAUUGUAUAAUGUUUAAGGAACGUUAGAUGCUUGUUACAUGGAGAAAGUACUGAUAAAAAGAAAUUAUUUGGUCAUAAAAGUAAGCAAAAUGUUUGCAAAGUAGUAUUUUGACUUCCAAAGAAAAUACUAUUUUUUAACUGUACUUAUUGCUAAAAAGCAAAAGAUGUAAUGGAUGGUUCAGGAAAUUGUCCAAUGAGUAAAUUUUUGGAUACUAUUAAACAAACACAA